GAGAACCAGAGUUGCUCUGACGCCUGUUGGGACAUGGGCCUACUCUGCAGUGAGGAGGUGAUCCAGGAGGUCGGCACCAGCGCCCUGGUGAAAGAGGCAGCCUCCAGGGCCAACGUCACAUGUGAAGCCACGGAGGCUGCGGCAAAGAUGAAGGUGGGCGAAACGACGACGACGACCGCGCCGGAUGAGACGAAGAACGCCUCUGCUCAAGCCGGCGAGAAGUAUGAGAACCACCCGUCGGUUUGCACCUCAAAGGAGUGUGGCUGCGCUGGGCAGCCGGAACACUGCAAGGCUACAUGCUACUUCGGAGACAUGGGAAACAACACCUGCGAUGGCACGCCGAAGCCGGCCAUGGCAAGGCUCUGCGCCUGCCACAGCAUCCGGAGCGCCAUCACUACGGCCUUGCAGGAGAUCACCAAGCAAGGCGACAGGACUGUCACCACCUCCAGAGACGCAGAGGAGCAAGCUCGCCAGCUCUCCAUCCGUGCCACGAAGCUGGAGGAGGAGAUCUCCAUCUUCGUGAUGAAGCUGGCGGACUCCAUGAACAAUCCGAACAUCUCCGUGCCUGGCAAAUGGAGCAAGCUCCUGAAGAAUCAGACGCCCACGGACGAAGCUGCGCCGCAGGAGCUACAGAUGGUGGUCAAGGACAUCGCCGAUGCCAAGGGUCAUCGGAGCAAGUGGUUCCAUCAGGACGAGUCUCAAAUGGACCCGAUGGCGGACACGCGAUCAGAAGGGCACCAUGCCACCCAUGGGCACAAAGCCAUCCUCUUCCUUUUCAUCACUGUCUUCUUUGGAGUCUGCACCAAUGGCCUGUUGGAGCGCAAAGGCGGCUCGCUUCCCUUCACUUGUGCCAUCUUCAUCGAGGGUGUAUUCCUGGCCUUUCUCCGUGGCCACCGUCUGCUGCCACGAACCUUCGAGGACUCGCUGGACUUGUGGCACGACAUUGACCCCCACCUCUUCAUGUUUGCCUUCCUUCCACCGCUGAUUUUCUCGGAGGCGAUGAAUCUGAACAUGAGCAUGGUUCAGCGCUGCUUCUGGCAGUGCUUCAUCAUGGCCGUCCCCGGCGUCAUUGUGGGAGCGGUUCUGGCCGGCGUGGCAGCAAAGUACAUUCUUCCCUAUGAAUGGUCUUGGCCUCUGGCCAUGGCCUUCGGUGCCAUUACUUCUGCCACGGAUCCGGUGGCAGUGGUCUCCAUUUUCAACUCCUUGGGCGU